GUAACGAGUCUUCUUCUCACACAAUCCACCAAAGCUAUUCAAGAAUUGUUGGAGGUAACUAAAUCUUCCGAAAUACACAACAAGCCAAAACUCGCAUCUCAGUCAACCAUGCCUCCCAAAGCCGCCACCAGCGAUCUUCACGUCUCGAAGCUCUUCUCCGUCAAGGACUAUAUUUGUGUAGUCACAGGAGGUGGCUCUGGUAUUGGCCUGAUGGCAGCGCAGGCGCUUGCUGCAAACGGCGCAAAGGUGUACAUCACUGGUCGACGCCAAGAGGUGCUUGAAAAUGCCGCCAAAUCACACAGUCCCGACCAAGGUGGCCAGAUCAUCCCGCUGUCACCAUGUGACGUGACCAAGAAGGACGAUCUGGAGCAAAUGUACCAGGAGCUAGCAUCCAAGGAGCAGUACAUCAAUCUGCUCGUCGCUGCAGCCGGUAUCUCGGGCGAGAAGGGUAUCCCGGAUGCUGACAAGGCGACUGACAUGAAGAAGAAGCUCUUUGACAAUGAGACAUUCGAGGGCUGGGCUGAGACGUACAACACUGACGUCACGGCCGUCUACUUUUCAACUGUCGUUCUUCUACCCCUUCUACAAGCCGGAACGGAGAGCCACGGCCACCUCUCGGCAUCGGUCAUUGUCAUCAGCUCCAUGUCCGGCAUCAUGAAGGACGCACAGGGCCACUUCAGCUACAACGCGGCCAAGGGUGGUACCGUGCACUUGAGCAAGCUGAUGUCAGCCGAAUUCCAGAAGCUCCGGAUCCGCGUCAACAGCAUCGCGCCUGGCUACUUCCCAUCAGAGAUGACAGCAAAAGAGAGCGACGAAAAGCAGAAGAGCGAUUUGCCCGACGAGAAGAUUCAGGAGAAGGGCCACGUUCCGCAUGGACGGGCGGGAAGCGACGCAGAGAUGGCACAGACGGUCAUUUUCUUGACCAAGAACUCGUACGUCAACGGACAGAUUCUAGCAGUGGAUGGUGGUGUGCUCAACGUUGUGAGCUCGUAAGGGAGUGGUGUAGUCGGAGGUCAAGGAUAGGAUGAGCAAAUGCUAAGAUUACAAACA